CCUACAUCAUGAGGCCAUUAUUGGGAGCCCUCCCUGGCCCCCCGGCUCUGCUCCACACCCCCAGCAGCUCGUUUGCUUCCUGGGAACACCUGGAGCCUCUCUGAGUCAGGGGACCGGGAGCACAUCCUGACACCUGUAGCGAGAGAUUCCCAAGGCCUGCGCUACGCCUGUUAGAUACUAUACCUGUAGCUGGAGAACUCCAGGACCGCUGUACACCUGUAGCCGGAGAACCCUGGGAUGGCUGUACACCUGUAGCCAAGAACUGCAGGACCACUCUACACCUGUAGUUACAGAACAUAAGACUCACCUGUCACAAAAGACCCCUGGACUUACUGUAUGCCUGUAGCUGGAGAAAUCAAGGACUGUUGCACACUUGUAGCCAGAGAACUCCCAGCCCCCAUCUACCUGUAAAAUACAGAGACUCCCCGGUCACAGCAUGGCAGUGCAGAGCCAGAACCAAGUCAUUGCAGAUUUGGAGGCCACUGUCUGCCUGUAACACAUGGAGUCCAGGACUAUACUGCAUCUGUGACCAGGGAACUCCAGGAGCCACUCACGGGUGUAAUCAGACAGCCUCCAUACCCCAGUCGCUACCGAAUUACAGGCUGUAGUCUUACUGUAGGGCACCAUACAGCCAUAGCCAGAUUCCUGUAGGUGUGGAAGCAACCAUACGCCUGUAGCCAAAGACGUCUGGGACUGCUGUAUGACUGACCCCCACUUUACACCUGUAGGUGGAGAAGUCUGGACUUUUGUACCACUGCCGUGCGCCUGUAGGGGACAACUCCAGGAUGUCUGUAGAACUGUAUCUCCAUUGAAUGGUUAUAGGUGGAGAUGUCUGGGAUUUGUGUAUGACGGGAGCUGAAGUACACAUCUGUAGCCAGAGAACUGAGAGGUUGGUCUGACUGUAACCAUCCCCUCUCCCCCACCACCAUGUGCCUGUAGGUGGAGAACUCCAGGAGUGGCACACUGCUGUAGCUCCACUGUCCACCUGUAGGAGGAGAACUGGUUCUUCGUACACCUGUAGCUACACUUGACCCUAGACAGAGAAGCCGGGGAUCUCCCUACGACUGUAAGGGCCAGGACUCCAGGAGUGGCGUGCGACUGUUGCCCUGCCUGUAGGUGGCGAAGUCUGGGACCUCACUCCAGCUGUAGGGGAAGAACUCCAGGACUGACAUACGACUGUUAGUCCCAUUGUCCGCCUGCCAGAGGAGUGGAAGUUGCUGCUCCAGAUGGCACCCUGACCCUGCCACCUACCACCAGCCCCGCGCGGUGGGGCCGGCCCUGGCGAUGAGCGUAGGGUCCUGUGGGUAGCCGGCGCCGGGAGAGGCGGGGCCUCAUUACAUGCAUGUCCCACGGGGGCAGGUUCGACUUUGACGAUGGCGGCUGCUAUGUGGGAGACUGGCAGGACGGCCGGGCGCAUGGGUACGGGGUCUGCACUGGCCCUGGGGCCCAGGGCGAGUACAGUGGGCAGUGGCGGCGCGGGUUCGAGUCUCUGGGCGUCUACACCUGGCCCAGCGGUAACACCUACCAGGGCCAUUGGAGCCAGGGCAAGCGGGAAGGGCUGGGCGUGGAGCGCAAGAGCAAGUGGUGUUACAAGGGGGAGUGGAGCCACGGGCUGAAGGGCCGGGCCGGCGUCUGGGAGAGCCACUCCGGAGUCACCUACGAGGGCAUGUGGAGGGACGGGCUGCAGGAUGGCUACGGCACGGAAACCUACGCCGACGGAGGCAGCCUAACCAGGGUCAGUGGCAAUCCGGGAAGCCGGCACCGGGGGGCCAAAGAAAAAACGGGAGCUCUCUUACGGCGCUCCCUGCUGCCUGAACGGCUGCGGUGCGCCGGGCCGAUCCAAAAGCCCCCUGGCAAGCCCAAGCGCUCGCUGAAGAGUAAGCCGGGGUGA